UUCCUGCAAGCAAAAAAAAAAAAAAAGCAAAGCAAUUCAGCUUUUUGUUUCUUCAAUUCUCUCAGCUAUUAAGAGGAAGCAAACAUGGAAGCAGAGACAACAGUUGUUUCAGAAGUUCCAGUGACAAAAGCUGUUGAGGACACAGAUCAUAAAGAUGAUAAAAUUAAGGAAACAAACGGGGACUUGCCUCAAGUGGAGAUUGAAGGUAAGAAAGAAGAGGAAGAGAAUUCUUUUGAUGGAGAAUUCAUUAAAGUCGAAAAGGAAGAGAACACGGUGACAGAAAGAAGCUCAGACUCAGAUCCUCCAAGCAGAGAAUUUCUAGAAGCACAAGAGAAGAUUCAGGAACUCCAAGUUGAACUGCAGAGGCUAGCUGAGUCUUUGAAGACAUCUGAACAUGAAAAUGCUCAGUUGAAGGGAGAGAUUUCGGUUACAAAAGAGAAAUUGGAGGAAACCGGAAAGAAUUACCAAGAGCUUGAACUAAGUCACAAGAAACUACAAGAGCAGAUUAUUGAAGCUGAGGAGAAAUAUAAGCUGCAGCUGAGUGUUCUUGAGGAGGCAAUGCAAAGUCAAGAAUUGAAGCAGAAAGAGCUUCUUAACGUGAAGGAAGCAUUCGAUGGUGUGAGCCUUGAGCUUGAAAGCUCAAGAAAGAAGAUGGAGGAAUUGCAGCAAGAGCUUCAGCUUUCUUCGGACGAGGCUAGGAAGUAUGAGGAGCUGCAUAAGGAAAGUGGCUUGCAUGCUGAAUCAGAAGGAAAGAAGGCCUUAGAAUUCGAAAGACUAUUAGAAGAAGCGAAAUUGAGCACAAAAGUAGUGGAAGAUGAGAUGGCUUCUCUAAAGGAAGAAUUGAAGGGAUUGUAUGAUAAGAUUGCUGAGAAUGAGAAGGUUGAAGAAGCACUUAAAACAACUGCAGCAGAACUCGCUACCAUCCAAGAAGAGUUGACAAACUCAAAAUCUCAGAUAUUGGAUUUGGAGAGUAGACUCUCUUCAAGGGACUCUCUAGUAGAUGAGUUGAGCCAAGAAUUGGAGCUGCGAAAGACUUCGGAAACACAACUGAAGGAAGACAUGUCAGCACUUCAAAACUUGUUUGCCUCCACAAAGGAAGAACUGCAAGAAAAGAUAUCUGAUCUUGAAGCUGUUAAUCUUAAGUUGCAGGAGGAAGAGAAAUUGAGGGAAUCAACCGAAGCUGCGCUGAAGACUCAUGAAGAACAGCUUCUGGCUGUACAAGAGGAACUCACUAAACUCAGUGUAGAAAAACAAGGUCUUGAAUCAUCUGUGCAAGAUCUAACCAAUAAUGCUAAGCAGUUGAAGGAGUUGUGUGCUGAUUUAGAGGAAAAGAUAAAGCUUUCAGAUGAGAAUUUCCAAAAGACGGAUUCUCUUUUAUCUGAGGCGCUUUCAAACAAUGCCGAGCUAGAACAGAAGCUGAAGUCUCUAGAAGAUCUCCAUACUGAAUCUGGAGCUGCUGCAGCUACUGCUACACAAAGGAGUCUUGAGCUUGAAGGCCAUGUUCAGGCUUCAAAUGCAGCUGUAGAAGAGGCGAAAUCACAACUGAGGGAGAUGGAAACACGAUUCAUAGCAGCGGAGCAGAAGAAUGUGGAGCUUGAACAAGAGUUAAAUUUAUUACAACUGAAAACAAGUGAUGCAGAGAGAGAAGUGACUGAAUUCUCUGAAAAAGUUUCUCAUCUAAAUUCAAAGUUGACAGAGGCCGAGGAAGAAAAGAAUGCUCUUAAUAACCAACUUCAGGAGUACUUGGAAAAGAUAAGUCAACUCGAAUCGGACUUAAACCAAUCAUCUCAACAGAGUUCACAGUUGGAGGAGGAGCUGAAGUUAGCCAAAGACAAAUGUGCCGAGCAUGAAGAUCGAGCCAGUAUGAACCAUCAGCGCAGCCGAGAACUAGAAGAUUUAUUUCAGAGCUCUCAUUCCAAAUUGGAAGAUGCUGAUAAAAAGGUGAAUGAGUUGGAGUUGUUACUUGAAGCAGAGAAAUACAGAAUUCAGGAGCUCGAACAACAAAUAAGCACUUUGGAAAAGAGAUGCAGUGAUUCAGAAGCAGAAAACAAUAAGCACCUUGAAAAUAUAUCUUUUCUGACAUCAGAACUUGAUGCAUUCCAAGCACGAGUCUCGAGCCUUGAAACUACACUUCAGGAGGCUAAUGAAAGGGAAAAGAGUCUGGAAAACUCACUGAGUGCAGCAGCAGCUGAAAGAACAAUGAUAGAAGCUGCUUCAAGCAGUUUGAAUGAGAAGCUUUCCGAAGCAGAAAGCCUUUUGGAAAUUGUGAGGGAUGAUUUGAAUCUCACACAAGAAAAGUUGCAAAGCACUGAGGAUGAUCUCAAGGCUGCUCAGUUGAGAGAAGAUGAGAUACUGGAGAAACUCAAGGCUUCAGAAGAAAAUCAUGUCAUACGAGGAAGAGAUAUGGAGGAAACUGUCACGAAGCAUGCCGAACUUCAAUUGUUGCAUGAGUCUCUGACCAGAGAUUCUGAACAGAAACUCCAAGAUGCUAUAGAGAAACUCGACAACAGGGAGUCUGAGGUUCAAUCUUUGCUUGAGAAAAUCAAGAUUUUGGAGGAUCAGAUUGCUGAAUCCGGGGAACAGUCCGCGUCGGUGAAGGAUGAAUAUGAGAAGAGUUUGAGCAAGCUGGCUUCAUUGGAAGGUGAAAAUGAAGAUUUGAGGAGGCAGAUUACAGAAGCUGAGGAGAAGAUUUCUCAGUCCUUUUCUGAGAAUGACUUAUUGGUUGGAACAAACAUGCAACUGAAAAUCAAGAUUGAUGAGCUUCAGGAAUCACUGAACUCUGCUAUAUCAGAGAAGGAAGCUACUAUUCAAGAAAUUGUUUCUCAGAAGAGCACUAUUGCUGAGUUGAAUGAUCUACAUUCAAGAUCCACUGAACUCCACAGUGCAAGCACGACUCGCAUCCUCGAAGUAGAAUCACAACUACAAGAAGCAUUGCAGAGGCAUACUGUGAAAGAAUCCGAAGCGAAAGAGUUGUAUGAGAAGCUGAACACAUUGGAAGGCCAAAUAAACUUCCAUGAAGAACAGGCACGAGAAGCAGCCGCGGUUUCUGAAUCUCACAAAGCUGAACUCGAAGAGUCUCUUCAAAAGUUAAAGCAUCUUGAAACUGUUGUUGAGGAACUACAAAAUAAGUCACUCCACCAUGAACAAGAAUCUGCAGGACUACAUGAGGAAAAAUCAAAGCUUAAUGAUGAAAUAGCAUCAUAUGAAUCAAAAUUAAGUGAUUUACAGUCAAAGCUUGAUGCUGCACUAGUUGAGAAAGAUGAAACGGUUCAACUGAUACACUCCUCGAAGAAUGCUAUUGACGAAUUAGUGACAAAACAUAAUGCAGAAGCCGAGACACUAAAGUCACAGAUAGCUUCGGUAACAGAGGAGAAAAAUUUGCUCAAUGAGACAAAUCAGGAUUUGAAGAAGGAACUUCAGUCUGUGAUACUUGCUCUUGAAGAAAAGUUGAAAGAACAACAAAAAAUUGAAGAAUCUUUGAGAUCUGAGGUUGCAACUCUCAAAACUGAGAUUGCUGAGAAAUCUGCAUUGCAAAUUCGGCUGAAGGAAAUCGAAGAGCAACUGGCAAAAGCUGAAUCCAGAUUAAAUGAAGAGGUUGGAAGUGUUCAAGCAGCUGCUUCUCAAAGAGAAGCCGAUUUAAGUUCAAAACUGGAAGAGUUGGAACAAAAAGUCCAUGAUAGAAAUGUGCUGAAUGAAAAGAUUGUAGAGCUUGAGAAAGAGUUGCAGCUUGCACAGGAAACUAUUGCUAACCAGAAAGAAGCAGAAUCUCAAAAGUUGGAACUAGAGGCAGCCCUGAAGAGUUCUCAUGAAGAACUUGAAAGUAAGAAAAAGGAAGUCUCUCUUCUACAUAACCAAGUGACAGAUUUAGAACAAAAAUUGCAAGUGGCUGCUGAUAAAUUAUCAGCUAAGGGUGAGGGUGUUGAACCUAAAGAAGAGAUGGAAGUUAAGUCCAGGGACAUUGGAUCAAGCAUUUCAACACCAUCAAAGAGAAAGAGCAAGAAAAAAUCAGAAGCAACAACUUCUUCUGAGGCACAUAUUCAAACAAGUACUGUCCAUGCUUCUUCUGCCAUGAAUUUCAAGUCCAUUUUGGGAGUUGCUGUUGUGUCCAUCAUCUUUGGCAUAAUUCUUGGGAAGCGCUACUAAGAUCAACAUCAUCAACAACCACCAAACAUGUGAAUGUACUUUUUUUGGUUUUGUUACUUAUCAUGGUUUUGAUAUUUUUGUUUUCUUUUUCAUGCAUCUUUUUUUUAUUAUGACUAUGUAUGAUGUUGAAAGCUUUAUUUCUUUUCAUGCUUUCAAUUUUGAGUCUUCAUGUUGGUCAGGGAACUUGUUUUCAUUCCCAUCCCUUGCCUGUGUGUAGAAGAAGAUGAGGGUUGAUUCAUAUCUUAUUUCAACAUUUUUUUUAA